CCUAAGAAAAACGCAGAAAGGGAGGCUUUUCAAAGGACUGCAGUGGACUAAUGUUGUAGCCACUGGCAUUAAGUCAGUACACCCAUUUUGCAGUUUUGGAUUUAAGAGGCAUACCAUCAACACCAGUCAGUCACGGUCUAAGAGGGCUGUGUUCUCAUGUAAGGCAUACUGCCGUUUUAAGGAUUGUCCAGUGACUGUGACAGUGGAGGUUAAAGAUGAAAAAACCCUGAAGGCUGAUGUGCUUUUCCAAGGAGGUGAGGUGUGCCACAACACAAAGGAAAUAAAAACAAGACCUGUGCGUGGACACUCCAGAGACGAAAUAGCAGAACAACUGGAAACCAAAAUGCCAAGAAGUCUUUAUCUGGAUUCUCUAAUUAAAAUACCAGAAAAAGCUUUCCAAGCCGGGUGUCGGGAUGAGGCUCCAUCUAAAGAGGUCUUGAAAAAUAUUGCCUGGUCCCACAGAACAAAAGACAGACCUCAUUUAAAUGAGAUGGCCAGUCUGCAAAUUUUACUUGACAGACAGCAAGGACUUCCAAACGAAGUCCUUCAGAGAGUGCUCCUGCAUCCAAAAGGUAUAAUGCUCUGGUCCCGAAAAACACUUACAGUGUUUUACCAACGGUGCAAAGAUGACAUAGUAUAUUUUGAUGCAACAGGAAGCAUUAUCUCAAAAGAUAAUGCUUCUGCUACUCCGUACUAUGUGUAUGAAAUUAUAGUUCGAAAUCCCUUCAAGGGAUCCUCACCUCUUCCAACAGCAACUUUUGUUACAUGUGACCAUACCACGGCUUCUGUAACAUAUUUUGUACAAGCAUUUCAAACAGAGCUUACACGAAUGUAUGGAAGCAGGGCAAACAAAAGGCCAGUAAUGAUCAUAUGUGAUGGCUCACUGGUGCUUCUCCAGUCCAUUGCGAUAACAUUCUGCAGAGCAAGUUUGGAAGACCUCUUGGAGAGAUACUUCCAGGUUAUCACAGGACAGUUGGACACGGAUAACUUCAACAUACCCAUUCUCCACCGGUGUUUGAGUCACAUCAUGAAGAACGCAAAGGAUCUUUGCAAAAAGAGACUUGAGAAACACUACAAAUUUGGCAUGCACGUUUUUGGAUUACUGGCCUGUUCUUCCAACCUGAAAGAUUUCGAUGGCAUUAUUGUAAGUGCAACAGUAGUUUUCAAAAGUCCAUGCAGUGGACCAGAAGUGCAAAAACACCUGCAGAACCUCAAACUGCUGAUCAAUCCGACGGGAAAUGGUGAUGAUGAAGAAAAAGACAUCAUUCCAGAGGACUACAAGCACAUACGACAACAGUUCACUCAUCACUUAACCAGCACUUUGCAGAAGUAA